AGCAGACAAACUUGCGUAGUCUUACCACGGUUCUCGCUGUCUGCCUGCCCCUCUGUAUGGACGGCCGGAGGGGAGAAGAGGAAACAGGGGUUGUUGUCGUCGGGACUGCAGUGCCUUUCCACGGCCCGGCGAUGAUUUAAUCACGGAAAAACCGGGGUGUGGGGGGAAACAAACCGGAGUAGGAGAAAGACGACGGGAGCGCGAGAGGAGAGAGAGAGGAGCAGCCGUUGGAGAUGUGCGGUCGGGCCGAGAUUGCGGCGGUAUCCCUGUCUAGGCCUGGACUGAGCAGAUUGUUCUGAGAGGAAACGGACAACAAACAGGGGAAGUGAACAUGGCUGGGACCUCGGGCUUCUUUUCCAACGGACCUGUUCCGUGGAUGGACAACGACACAGAGAUGAACAACCUGUACCGAGACCUGGAGCUGGGCACAGUACUGACACUGUUUUAUUCUAAGAAGUCCCAGCGGCCAGAGAGACGGACAUUUCAAGUCAAGCUGGAGACCAGGACUAUUAUCUGGACUCGGGGCACGGAUAAAAUAGAGGGAGAGAUUGACAUUCGAGAGAUCAAGGAGAUUCGUCCUGGACAGAAGUCCUGGGACUUUGAGCGCUAUGUGGAGGACUUGGCAGCACGGCUGGACCAGGCUCACUGCUUUGUCAUCCUGUAUGGCACAGAGUUUCGCCUUAAAUCACUCAGCCUGGCAGCAACGUCUGAUGAGGAGAUGACCAUGUGGGUAAGGGGGUUAAACUGGCUCGUGGCAGACACACUGAAGUCUCCGACUCCGCUCCAGAUAGAGAGAUGGUUACGUAAGCAGUUCUACGCCGUUGAUCGCAACAGAGAAGACCGGAUAUCCUGUAAGGAUCUGAAGAGCAUGCUGAGCCAGGUCAACUACAGGGUGCCCAACAUGAGGUUCCUCCGAGAGAAACUUCCGGACUCAGAAUUGAGGAAUGGAGACGUGUCCUUCAGCCAGUUUGCCCAGCUCUAUCGCAGCCUCAUGUUUGAUGCUCAGAAAAACAUGGAGAUCCCAUUUCUACAGAGGUUCAUUGACAGACCAGAACAGAGGGUCUCCCUCGACGACUUCAAGAGUUUCCUCCUGGAGUCUCAAAAGGAAAUGUGGGCCACAGACAACAGCAAGGUUCAGGAGUUUAUGUUCGGUUACCUUAAAGACCCCCUGAGAGAAGUGGAGCAGCCUUAUUUUCACCAAGACGAGCUCCUGACAUACUUGUUCUCCAAAGAGAACACCAUCUGGGAUUCCUCCCUGGACCAGGUGUGUCCUGAUAACAUGAACAACCCCCUGUCCCACUACUGGAUCUCCUCUUCGCACAACACCUACCUGACGGGAGACCAGAUAUGCAGUGAGUCGUCCCUGGAGGCAUACGCUCGCUGUCUGAGGAUGGGAUGCCGCUGUAUUGAAUUGGACUGCUGGGAUGGUCCAGAUGGAAUGCCAGUCAUCUACCACGGACACACCCUCACAACAAAAAUCAAGUUUUGUGAUGUCUUGACCACCAUCAAAGAGCAUGCCUUCGUCACAUCUGACUAUCCCAUCAUCUUGUCCAUCGAGGACCACUGUAGUAUUGUGCAGCAGAGGAAUAUGGCCACUUACUUUAAGAAAGUGUUUGGAGACAUGCUGCUGACCAAGGCGGUGGAUAUCGCAGCAGAUGGCCUGCCCUCACCUAACCAGCUCAAAAGGAAGAUCCUCAUCAAGCAUAAGAAGCUUGCAGAAGGCAGUGCCUAUGAGGAGGUAUCCACCUCCAAUCCCUACUCAGAGAACGAUAUCAGCAACUCCAUCAAAAAUGGCAUCCUCUACCUGGAAGACCCCAUUAACCAUGAGUGGUACCCUCAUUUCUUUGUCCUGACCAGCACUAAGAUCUACUACUCAGAAGAGACCUCAAGUAACCAGGGCAACGAUGAUGAGGAGGAGCACAGAGAGGUGUCCAACGGUAUGGACCAGCAUGUGACGGAGAAAUGGUUCCAUGGGAAGUUGGGUGCAGGCCGGGAUGGGCGACAGAUAGCCGAGAGGUUACUGUCAGAGUACUGCCUGGAGACUGGCGCUCCUGACGGCUCCUUCCUGGUCCGAGAGAGCGAGACCUUUGUGGGAGACUACACACUGUCUUUCUGGCGUUCAGGGCGGGUGCAGCACUGUCGUAUCCACUCUCGUCAGGAGGCAGGAAGCCCCAAGUUCUACCUGACUGACAACCUGGUGUUCGACACGCUCUUUGCCCUCAUCACCCACUACCAGCAGGUGGCGCUGCGCUGCAACGAGUUUGAGAUGAAGCUGACUGAGCCGGUGCCUCAGACCAAUGCUCACGAGAGCAAAGAGUGGUACCACGCCAACCUCUCCAGGAGCCAUGCAGAGAACAUGCUGAUGAGGGUUCCUCGUGAUGGGGCUUUCCUUGUGAGGAAGAGAGCAGAACCCAAUUCGUUUGCCAUUUCUUUCAGGGCCGAGGGAAAGAUAAAGCACUGUCGCGUUCAGCAGGAGGGUCAGACCGUGGUGCUGGGCACCUCAGAAUUUGACAGCCUAGUAGAUCUCAUCAGCUACUAUGAGAAGCACCCUCUGUACCGCAAAAUGAAACUGCGCUAUCCCAUCAAUGAGGACACACUGGAGAAGAUAGGCACUGCUGAGCCAGACUACGGGUCACUGUACGAGGGCAGGAAUCCUGGCUUUUAUGUGGAAGCCAACCAAAUGCCAACAUUUAAGUGCACAGUGAGAGCCAUGUACGAGUAUAAAGCCCAGAGGGACGAUGAGCUCUCCUUCACUAAGAACGCCAUUAUCUCUAAUGUGGACAAACAGGAAGGAGGAUGGUGGAAGGGUGACUGUGGAGGGAAGAAGCAGCUGUGGUUUCCUGCUAACUACGUGGAGGAGAUCAGCCCAUCAACAGCAGAGCCUGACAGAACUGAGAUGACAGAAAACAGCCCUCUGGGAGAUAUGCUGAGAGGAAGUGUGGACGUGUCUUCCUGUCAGAUUGUCGUGCGUACUGAUGGGAAGGGCAGCAGGCCUCAUGUCUUCUCCCUUGUACCAAAUGCCUCCAUGCGGACGGGACCAGUGCUGGACGUCGCUGCCAAUAGCCAAGAAGAACUCAAAGAAUGGGUGUUCAAGAUCCGUGAGGUCACCAUGACCUCAGAGGCCAAGCUGGAGGAGGGGAAGAUGAUGGAGAGGAGGAAGAAGAUUGCACUGGAAUUAUCCGAUCUGGUCAUCUACUGUAGGCCCGUGCCGUUUGAUGAAGACAAGAUUGGCACGGAGCGGGCCUGUUUCCGGGACAUGUCAUCUUUCCCCGAGACCAAGGCAGAGAAGUACGUCAACAAGAUCAAGGGGAAGAAGUUUCUGCAGUACAAUCGACUGCAGCUGUCCAGGAUCUACCCCAGAGGCCAGAGACUGGACUCCUCAAACUACGACCCUCUGCCCAUGUGGCUCUGUGGGUCCCAGCUGGUAGCACUCAACUUCCAGACAGCGGACAAGCCCAUGCAGAUGAACCAGGCUCUGUUCAUGCUGAAUGGAAGGAGCGGCUACGUCCUUCAGCCGCCUAUCAUGAGAGAUGACAGCUUUGAUCCCUUUGACCGACAUACGCUAAGAGGCCUCGAACAAGUCUCCCUAGAGAUAGAGGUUUUGGGCGCCCGGCACCUGCCCAAACACGGACGUGGCAUAGUUUGCCCCCUGAUAGAGAUUGAGGUGUGCGGGGCAGAAUAUGACAGUGCCAAGCAAAAAACUGACUCAGAAGCUGACAACGGUCUGAACCCCACAUGGCCACGAAAGCCAUUCCAGUUCACAGUGUGCAACUCUGCCUUUGCCUUCCUGCGCUUUGUGGUUUAUGAGAUUGACAUGUUCAAUGACCAAAACUUCCUGGCUCAGGCCACAUUCCCCAUUCACAGCCUCAAAACAGGUUACCGGUCAGUACCUCUGAAGAACAGCUACAAUGAGGAUCUGGAGUUGGCUUCUCUGUUAGUCCACAUGGACAUCAUCAGAGGCAGGGAUGAAAACGGAGAGGUUCUGAGCCCGUUCCUCGCAGCCGGGGCCACUACGGUUUCACCAUCUGCCCAAGCAGGGCGGGAACGUUCGGGGGAGUUGACCACAGUGUCUUCGACUUCCUCCAACAUGUCCCCUCUGCCACAGUCUCCGGCACAGGCCACGGCCUACAGGGGGAGGGAGGGCUCCUUUGAAUCCCGCUACCAGUCGCCUCUAGAUGAUUUCAGGGUGUCCCAGGAGGCACUGUUGGACCACAUGGACCCACAGAACAGAAGGAUGUUGCGGAGGACCAGAGUGGGCGGAGAGAACCGCGUUUAAGUCCAAGCCAAUCAGGACGCAUUUCUGUUGCACCCCUCCUCACCCCCUCCUCACCCAGUCGCCUCUCCCCGUACUGAUGAUGUCACUGACUGCUGUGAACACUGUUUCCAUGGAAACGCCCACCACCGCUUUGGCCUACAUUUCAGGCAGCUCUCCCUCCCUUCAUUCUCCAACUGCCCCCCCCCUCUCUCUCUCUCUAGCUCCCUCUCUCUGUCUCUCUCUCUCUCCCCUGCCUGCUACCCAGCCUCCUCACCACUUGGGGGGCGUGGGGAGGAGGGGAGGGUGAGAGGAAGCUGACCACUGCGGACAGGAAGAAGAAACGGACAUUCACAGGAGAACAAAAACAAGGCUGAAAAAGUUCCAGCUCUGGACUGGUGGUUUCUGGGGCAGGUUGUCCUCUCUUGUGUUUUAGGUGUGCACAACAGCUGCUUAGUCUGGAGGCUAAGAGGAGGGAAAGAGAGAGAGUUAUAAAAGGUAUCAGUUUGAAACUGUUUCCCGGUUAAGUUUCUUUGCUCUUCUCUAUUUGGCGUAUAUGAAUAUAUGUAUUUAUUCCUGCUGUGCUGUUGGCCAGAGAACAGCAGCAGCUGACCUGCUCUCAAAGAGCUCCUGUCUCCAUGUUUUUAAUUAUUAUAAUUAUUUAAACCUUUAAACAUUCAUAAUGUGACUUUUCUUUUUUUUUUUAUGUAUGUGUAAAACACGAGGGCUCUCUACGGCAAUUUUAAUGUCUCUCUCUUUUCUGCUUUGUGGAGGAAAUUAUGCGCCUCCAGUCUAACUCACACCCUAAACCUGGAGGAAUACGUCAUUCUUUUUUUUUUUUUCAAAGGCAACAGGAAGAAGUCAUAGCCUGUUUGUGUUGGAAGCAGUGAGAGAGCAGGCAGCAUCAUAUGUUAUGCCUGCAUACACAAACACACACACAUACAUACACACACAGGCUUUUUUAAAAUUAUUUCUAACUCACAUUCCUAAAAACUGCACAUCAUUCCAUUUUCCAGGCGCCUUUACAAAGCCAGUCUCACACACUCAAACUUCUGUCUCCCUCAAUAGUCUUACUCCUCAAUGAUCAUGUCUGAAGGGGAUCUGGCACCACACUGUGUGACAAAGCAGGACCAGGGAUACAUGUUGAGUGUGAAUGGUAUUGUGAUCACAACUGUUGAUUUUUGCUUGUAUCAUCUACUAACAUGUUUAUUGGUCAUUUUAAUGGUGGCACAGUUGUCAGUCAAGGGAUAGUUCGUAAGGCUGCAAGGUUACAGCUGAAAUGGCGAUAUGGAUAACCCAACUGGAUAAUUAGAUCAAUUUCCGAAAUCUGUGGUUUGAGGAACACAAUUAUGUACUCACAUUUUCAUUUACAGGGAACAUCGUGAAUGUUUCAAAUUUGUCAGUGUACUAUACUGUAAUUAUGGAAAUUAAGAUUGUAAUGCGAUUACAUGAUUUGCAGCCCUGUUUCCGUGAUUCAUGAUGGAAUAUUUCACAAAUGUGGUUAUUUUUACUGAAAUACAAAUGAUGGCCCCUUUAAUUCUGUGUUUUGAAUGAGUUGAGCAGAACUACUCCCAUAACUGACACAGCUCUCUGACUACAGUGAAUAUAAAAACUGUCACUGUUUUCAUUCAGUAUUUGUGAUAUGUAUGUUUUAGUUCCAACAGAAGUCUCUGACAAGUUGUUUUGCGGCAACUAGCUUGUUUUAUAUUUUUUACAUUUGUACAAUAAUAGUUCCCCAAUGUUUGAAAAGAAAUCCGUUAUUGUCGACCAACAGUGACCAAGUGAGAAGGUUCACAUUGCCAGUGUGAGGCACAAAGAAAACUACGAUCUACGAUCUCUGCUGGUACAUUUUGCUGCACCACAAAGACAUAAGGCAGCUUUUGUGUUCGUGCUGCUGCAGUGUUCUGGGGAGUUUUGUCACAGUACCAAGCUGCUUCCCAGAAAGCAGUGAGGAUUUUAAGUUACACUACCGUGAUAUACAGUCGAAUCGCCACUGCCCAUUAAUUAAUUUGAGAUGAAAUGUGCAAAAUUUGCAGACUUUGUGUAAACAACUGGCUGAUGGCUGAAUGUAAAACGCUGCACGUCACCAUUCACCAUUCCCAAAACUAUAGACUGUCAUUCUGUCUUCUAUUCAUUAAUGUUUGUCUAACUUGGUAGGUAGGACUUCUCGAGGUAGAUGUUGAUGCGCUUAAAUGUGCACAGAGUUGUCAUUUCCUGCGUUUGUGGUGUGAGCGAGGCGGAGUCUAAGCUUCAGACUUUGUUGUAGCUGUGUUUCUGUGGCUGAUGGAGGACAAAGGUGCCUGGGGACGGGAGGGGAGGGUACGGGGGGGGGGUUAGAGAUCUUUGGUCUGGGCCUUCAGUGAGCCCAGAUAGAGCUCAUAUAUAGCCAACGGUGUUAUCUUUCCAGGUUUGUAUCAGAAACAGUGUUUUCUUCUGCUCCUAUGUGAUGACUAUAUGAUGUAAACUCAGUAUUCUCCCUCAGUGUUUGACCACUGAGACACACCUAAAGCCAUAUGGUAGGAUUUAAGUUAAGGUAAAAGCAGGGACAGGAGUGAAUACUUGAGGUCUCAACAAAUUUUUUUUUAUCUUGUUGUGUUUGCACCCCAAUAUUAAUCCCAAAGCUCCCCCAUUUUACUUUUUUUCUCCCCCUCCUGUGGUCGAUGAAUGGUCUUUGUGGAGAGCUCUCCCUCCAAUGCUGCAUUGCUCUAAUUGCUGACGUGUCCGCUAAUGUCUUAUGUGCCUCCGUCUGUAUACACAUCACAUUAAAGCCACAUCAUUCACCUCCCCUGCCGGGCUUGAAGCAUCUGCACAGCCAUGGUACACCCACACAGGUGUUGUCACUUAUUUUGACUGAUGGGGACCUCCUCAGCACUGUGUGAGCACGUGUAGACCAUGUUUAUGUCCCUGACUCUACUGUUGAGUUUGUUGUACCUGUUGUCAUGGCGGGACAACGUAAACUCUCCCACCAACCUGUAAAGAGGCCUAAUCAAGCGGAAUAACUAACUAAGGACCUAUGUGGGUGUGCAGGGCCCUUAAGUGUCAUUUGUUUUCGCUUUUUUUUUUUUUCUCCUCCAAUCUUGUCUGUUUUGUUACUGAUGGUCUCAUUUACAAAUCGCCUUUCUGUAAUGUGCCUAAACUAUAUGGAGAGGAAAAGUAUUCAUUUUAAUUUUGCCUUUCAUAUGAAACAUAUUCAAGCCUGAAAAGUAAAUAAAAUACUUACUACUUUA